CGCCUGACUCGCCGCCUGGCGCUGCCCAUCUUCGGGGUGUUCUGGAUCACCGUGCUGCUGUUCUUCUGGGUCACCAAGAGGAAGUUGUCGGUGCCGCUGGGACCCGAAGUGCAGACCCCCCAAGCCUACUGAUGCGGAUUGGGAUGACCUGUGGGAGCAGUUUGAUGAGCGGCGGUAUCUGAAUGCCAAAAAGUGGCGCGUUGGCGAUGAUCCCUACAAGCUGUACGCUUUCAACCAGCGGGAGAGCGAGCGGAUCUCCAGCAAUCGGGCUGUCCCAGACACACGCCAUAAGAGAUGCUCUCUGCUGGUGUACUGCAUGGACCUUCCUCCCACCAGCAUCAUCAUCACCUUCCACAACGAGGCUCGCUCCACUCUGCUCAGAACCAUCCACAGUGUGUUAAAUCGCACCCCUACGCAUCUGAUCCAGGAAAUCAUAUUAGUGGAUGACUUCAGCAAUGACCCUGAGGACUGCAAGCAGCUCAUCAAACUGCCCAAGGUGAAGUGCUUGCGCAACAACGAGCGGCAAGGUCUGGUCCGGUCCCGGAUGCGGGGUGCUGACAUUGCCCAAGGCACCACUCUGACAUUCCUAGACAGCCACUGUGAGGUGAACAGGGAUUGGCUGCAGCCCUUGUUACACAGGGUCAAAGAGGAUUACACAAGGGUCGUGUGCCCUGUGAUUGACAUCAUCAAUCUGGACACCUUCAAUUACAUUGAGUCUGCCUCCGAGCUCAGAGGGGGGUUUGACUGGAGCCUGCAUUUCCAGUGGGAGCAGCUCUCUCCAGAGCAGAAGGCUUUGCGCCUGGACCCUACUGAGCCCAUCCGGACUCCAAUCAUAGCUGGAGGGCUCUUCGUGAUUGACAAAGCCUGGUUCGAUUACCUUGGUAAAUAUGACGUCGACAUGGACAUCUGGGGUGGGGAGAACUUCGAAAUCUCCUUCCGAGUCUGGAUGUGUGGAGGCAGCCUGGAGAUCAUCCCCUGCAGCCGGGUGGGGCACGUUUUCAGGAAAAAGCACCCGUAUGUGUUCCCUGAUGGAAACGCCAACACAUACAUAAAGAACACCAAGCGGACAGCUGAAGUAUGGAUGGAUGAAUACAAACAGUACUACUAUGCAGCCCGGCCUUUCGCCCUGGAGAGACCCUUUGGAAACAUUGAGAACAGGCUGACCCUGAGGAAAAAUCUACACUGCCAGACCUUCAAGUGGUACCUGGAGAAUGUCUACCCAGAACUCAGGGUCCCCCCAGACUCUUCCAUCCAGAAGGGCAAUAUCCGGCAGAGGCAGAAGUGCCUAGAGUCUCAAAAACAGAAAAACCAAGAGACUCCACACCUCAGGCUAAGCCCCUGCACCAAGGUCAAAGGAGAAGAAGCAAAGUCUCAGGUGUGGGCCUUCACGUACACCCAGCAGAUCAUCCAGGAAGAGCUGUGCCUAUCUGUUGUCACCCUGUUCCCCGGAGCCCCAGUGGUUCUUGUCCUGUGCAAGAAUGGGGAUGAAAGGCAGCAAUGGAUGAAGACAGGUGCUCGCAUUGAGCACAUAGCAUCCCACCUCUGCCUGGACACAGACAUGUUUGGUGACAGCACCGAGGAUGGGAAAGAAGUCGUUGUCAACCCUUGCGAGUCAUCACUCAUGAGCCAGCACUGGGACAUUGUGAGCUCAUGAGGACCCUGGGUGGAUCCAGCUGUGGAUCAGGGAUGGUGCUUCCCUGGACCAAAACAAACUGGAACCCAGGCUGUGGACAGCCCAGGUCUGCAACAGAUGCCCUCGACUGGAGGUAGAGCAAAGGCCCCCAGGACAGGAGCAACUGUCUCAGGGAAGAUGGAGGAAAAGGUGACAAACCAGCAGGACUCUGCAACACCCACAUGUGUGCAAUAUUGUGAAGGUCCAUCCUGACCAGGUUUUCUGACUGGGACCUGGAGAUGGAGAUCCGAUGAGAAGUGUUUGUUGUACCCUUCCUUACAAAACAAGGCACCUUAUAAAGGCCAGAAGGAAAGUUCCCCUUGUCAAAGUACCAGGACUACAUGGAGAGAUGAGGAAUGGGGAUGGUUUCCAGAACAAAUAAAGUUAACACUGAAGUUGUCCUUCAAUAACUCAUGCUGCUUUUUCAGCUAGCUCAACACCUAAGAGGAACUCCCCCAUUGAGUUAGGGUGGGGUAUCUUUGUGGCAGAAUGAAUGAAGAAGCCAGAAAAAUGGGAACAUUGUGCCCUUAUCCUAGGUUACCAACAACCAGCCAUAGGAUCUUAAAAAGACACUUUAGGGGGCAGGCAAGAUGGCUCAGUGGGUAAAGGGGUUUGCCAUCAAGCCUGAUGACCUGAAUUUGGUCUCUCAGGCCCCUCUUACAAAUUGUCUUCUGACCUAAACACACAUAGGCACGCAAGCCCACACUCAUGGUACCACACACAAAACAAGUAAAUAAAUGUUAUCAUUUUUAAGACACUUCAGAGCUGGAAGAUGGGCAUAUUUUAUAAAGUACUUGCCUUGAAAACACGAGUUUCAACUUCAAAACUCUUAUUGAAAAAAAAAAAGAUGAGUGUGGUACACUCUUGUAAUGUCGGAACUAGAGAGACAGAAUUGGGUGAAUCCCAGGGGUUUGUCAGCCAGCAAGCUAUCCUAGUCUACUUGGAAAGUUCCAGGCCAGUGAUAGACUCUGACUCAAACAAACAAAUAAAAAACAAACAAACAAAAAAACAAAACAUGAUGAACAGUACUUGUGGAAAAGCAUCCAAGAUUGACUUUUAAUGUCCACUUACAUGUGUGCACACAUGCACAUGCUAACCUGCACUCUCAAACAUGUAAUACCCAUUUAUACACACACAAGGCAAUUCACUUUUUUGGCCCACCACUUCCUAUUAUGUUACCAUGAUGGGGCCAGAUGAGUGGUGGUGACUGUGGAAAUCUCUGGGUGCCUAUAGAGAGCCUGACUUGGUAGGUCUCACAUGGAGGUCGAUCUCCUUGGUUAAUUCUGACACCUCCGCUUGUUUAAAGCUCUGUCAUAGAGGAUGUAUCCAUCAGCAGCCUUAUAACCCAUAGCCCUUAACAUAGGAAUUUCCUGCUGUAAUAAAACCCAUUUUCUGGUGUCUUCUGGGAUUGGUUAGAGUAGCUGUCUAUCUUAGUUAGGGUUUCUAUUGUUGUGAAGAGACACCAUGACCACGGCAGUUCUUUUAAGGGAAAACAUUUAAUUGGCUGAUUUACACUUCAGAGGUUUAGUCCAUUAUCAUCAUGGCAGGACACAGCAGCAUGCAGGCAGACGUGGUGUGGAAAAGGAGCCGAGGGUAGAGCAGGAGCUACAUCUUGAUCCUGCAGGCAACAGGAAGUGGUCUGAGACACUGGGCAUGACUUGAGCACAGUAGACCUCAAAUCCCACCCCCACAGUGACAUGCUUCCUCCAAUAAGACCACACCUUCUCCAACAAAGCCACACCUCCUAAUAGUUCCAUUCCCUAUGAGCUAAUGGGGGUCAAUUACAUUCCAACUACCACACUAUCUAUUCUUAUUAACUAGGUCUUAAGAAACAAGCCAUAUUCCAUUAAAGUUUCUAACAGGCACCCCCACAUGCUGUUAGUAACUGCCUGUUAGCUAUUGCUGUAUAACAAAUGACCCAAACUUGGCAGAGUAAGGCAACACAUGUUUACUGUCUCAUGGUUUUUGUGGGUCAGGAACCUAGGCCCAAAUCUUUCCUUCUGGAGUCUUAUUAAACUAUGGUGGAGGUGAUAGAUAGAGCUGCAGUCAGUCUCAUGGGCUCACAUAGAUCUAUAUCUUGAUGGUGGGUUUUGGCCCUGACGCUAUCAGUUCUCCAAUAUAGUUCUCCAGUAUAAUUCAGUUCUCUCUCCAAUAUAGCAGAUUACUUUGCAGCAAACUGGGAGUGGGGUGGGGAGAUAGGAUACCAGCAAGAUGGGAACUCUGUCCCUUUGCAACAAAAUCACUCAAGCCUCCUACGCAUCACUUGUUCCAUGUUGUACUUGACAGAAGCAGUCAGCAGGUGCAGCCCCUACUCAAGGGGAGGCCAAUCAGAAGAGUGAAGGACAUGAUCAGAUCCAUUCAAAUCCACCUACCCCAGUGACUGUUGGAGCCUAAGCAAGGAUCCAUUCUCCUUCAUUCAAGGGAUCCCUUUGGCGAUGGGUUGUUAUCAAGCCCCUUACGUAGUCUGAUACUGCAAACUACUAUAGCCUUGGAAACUUGAGAGCUGAAGUGCCUGGACCAGGUAUCUCUUCUGCAGGUUGUGUUUGUGAACACAACGAUAUCACUUGCUCUGGUUAGGACUAAGCCCUAUUCUGGGCCAAAGAAGAGGGGGUAGAGAAAUUGAGCUGCUCCAUCUAUAAAAGACAUGCCAUGGCUCCUUAAGCCGUGUGUGUACAGAGCUUAAAGCAGCUUUGCAGAAUGGACAGACAGAAGGAAUGGUUACUAGUGACCAACCAGACCCCUAAGUAGGUGAAGCAGUCACUGUACUAGGAGAGCCUGGGGUUGUCCUUUGUCUACUUGUCACCGCUGUAUUUGUGACUGUCUUUGAGUUCUCUGGUGGCAACAAAAGUGUCUUUUGCUCUUCUUGACACAACAAGUACUUAGUAGACAUGUUUAUAAGUAGAUAGUUGACAAACCAUUCCUUGUCCAUGAUAAAGUGAAUCUAAGUAUAUAUGACUACUGCCAUACAGUUACAGAACAUGGGUGGGCUUGUAUCUCUCUGGGAGCCAGAGGACUUGAGGAGAGGAGCCCUAGUGGCAAUUACUUACUUAUGUCCUAGUGCUGCUUACUUAUCUUCUUUCCUCGUGACAGAAAAGCUAGUGCUUAGCUUCCUACUGGCAUCCCUCUUACCAGUGAAACAACUUGGAAAUGACAACGAAGAGUCAGGUUGAAGGGUAUGGAGAGGAACUUGCUAAUGGAAUGCAGGCAGUUCUGGUGUGAGCUGCAUGCAAGGUGCAUUCCUUAAGGCUCCAUUAUUUGGAAAUGGAGGCUAACCACUGAUGAUAAGGAUAGAAAUCACUCCAAAUGUGUGAGGUAACUGAAGUGCUCUCCACUGUUCUCAGGCUGCUGUAGACCAAGAGAGAAUUGAGAUUUAAAAGUAAGCAGGGCAGCAAUGAUGAGUGUCCAUAAACUCAAAAUAAGACUGACAUCUCGGAGAUGGCCAUGGUCUACACAUACACAGCAGAGUGAGUAUGGCCAACAUUUGGUGGAUAUCACCACUGGGUUUGAAUGGCAAACUCCAGUAGCCUGAAGUAUCUCACUUAGUAGGCAAUCUGGAGCUCUGAAGGAAAAGUUGUCAAAUGAUGUCAUCCUCUGAGAACAGGGAAGAUCUCUUGAGCAUUUUGACGUCUCACAAGAUUCAGACUCCAAGCAAUGCUUGGAAAAUCCCCUCCCUGGAGCGGCUUCACUACCCUGUCAGGUGAGGAGGCAGCAGGAGCCCCAUCCCUCAUGGUCACAUCUGACCAAUGGAAGAAUACGGUCUUCUUUCAUAAUUUACUAAUAGGCUAUACAUACUUAAAAACAUAUAGGCGUUUGCUAUAUGUGACUGGGUAUGUAUGCCUUUCAUAACUACAAGCUUUGGAUCUGUGUGUCCAGCCAACCACAGACUAAAGUCACGUAGGAAACAUGCAUCUGUAAUGAGUUGUAUGGUUUUUUCUUUUAUUAUUCCUUAAACUAUAUAGUCUAAAACCACUUUCAUACCCUUAUAUUAUAGUAGAUCUCUUAACUAACAAAAAGCUGGCUUAAACUAUAAAAGAGGAUGUACAUAGGUAGGGAAAUGGCAUAGCAGGUAAGCAUGAUUUGCUGUGCAAGCAUGAGGACCUGAGUUCAAAUCCCCAGAACCACAAAAAAUAAAAUAAAAUAGAAAAAUGAUCAUGUGCAACUGUAACCCUAGCCCUGUAGUCCUGUGGUAGAAACAGGAGUCUUUCUGGAGUUUUCCAGACAUCAGCAUAGUUCAGGGGUGUGAUAGAGUUCAGGCAGGAUGAUGGGGCAGUACCCAGCGCCCUCCUCCAGCCUCUGCACAUGGAUAGAUAUAAAAAACCUUCACAUACAUGCACACAUACAUUAUACACACAAAAUAUACACAAACACAGUACCGUCUUAUAUGGUUAACUUUAGCAUCCACAGAGUAGGUAUCUGUGGGAGAAAGGUAUUGUUGAAGCCCACCUCCUACUAAUGGACAACUACGUAUUCUCGUGAACUUAGAAAAAAGGAGAAGCAGGGGUUUCAGACGCUCUGGUGUCUCAUUUAGAGUUGGGGGCAGGAUAGUAUUGAAUGAAUGGAAAAGUAGGAGGUUUUAGGUAAAUCUGGGCUCUGCAUGGAUGGUGGAGCCUGGGGCCGCAUAGAAUCUGAGACUUUCUUUCCCGACAGUUUGAUUCCCUUUGUGCUUUAUAACUCCCCCCAUCCCCCUGAGCUCAUCUUCAGCGAGAGUUUUUCCUCUGGGCAUCUAGAUGCUCUGGUUGUAGAGGCAUGCCUCGGGGUAGGUUUAAGCUUGCCUCAGCUAGGAUCCCAUUGGAUUGCUUUGAUUUCAAGCCAAUUUAUGAAUUGAUUUUUCUGCUAAUGGUUUUCACACUGUGAGAAGAGAAUCUGGACCCCAGCUUGGAACAAUCUUAGAUUUUGAUCAUUUAUAGAUUGCUUUUUUCGAGGUUGCUUUGAUCACAUUUCCCUGGAGUUGCCCAGCCAUGUGGAUAGCCCAUUUUUAGCCCCUGCUACCCAUGAGGUCUCCUAUCUGUUUCUGCCUGCACACAAAGCCCAGCCUUAGUGACACGUUUCUGCUUGGAUUCCACUCCACACCUCACUCACCACACACACACAUAUAUACUCUCUAAAUUCCCAUGCAUUUUUGGAAUUUGGAUACACAACUGUGGUUUCAAAUGGUCUUAUCCAAUAUUUAUUGUGUGUGUGGUAAGGGGCUUCCUGUGUUGGCUCAGACCAGAAUUCCUUAGUGCUGUAAUUAGCUGUCACCACUGUCUUCCCCACUGGCUGGGGAACUUUAUCUUAUUGUAGACACCCAAUAAAUUUCUAUGAAUGAGUGAGA